AUGGACCGCUUCACGUACAGCCCCGCGCCGCACCGCAAGGUCAAGGCACUGCAGUUUGGUGUGCUGGAUGCAGAGUUCCUGCGCCGCUACUCGGUUGCCAAGAUCGAGACCUCCCAGACGUAUGAGAAGGGGCGCCCCAAGCUGGGCGGCCUCAGCGACCCGCGCCUGGGCACCAUGGACCGCGCCCUCAAGUGCACCACCGACGGCAACGGCGUGCUGGACUGCCCCGGCUACUUUGGCCACAUCGAGCUGGCCAAGCCCAUGUUCCACAUCCACUUCCUCAAGACAGUGGUCAAGGUGCUGAGAUGCGUGUCGUACCACAACUCCAAAAUCAUGGUGCUGCCGGAGGACCCCAAGUAUGCGCAGGCCAUGAAGGUGCGCAACCCGGAGCGCCGCCUGCGGGUGUGGACCAGCCUGUGCCAGACGCGGCGGGUGUGCGAGCACACGGGCGGGCCGCAGCCCACCUACCGCCUGGAGCACGGCACCAUGCGCAUCAUGGCGGAGUUCCCGCAGCCCAAGGGGGAGGACGAGGACAUGGGGGUGGAGGCCAUGGAGCGAAAGCAGGAGAUCACCCCCGAGAAGGCGCUGGAGAUUCUGAAGCGCAUCAGCGACGACGACUGCCGCGCGCUGGGCUUUGACCCGCGCUACUCCCGGCCCGACUGGAUGGUGCUGACGGUGCUGCCCGUGCCGCCGCCGCCCGUGCGGCCCAGCGUGCAGAUGGAUGCCAGCGCCAGGUGGGCUGACCUGGACCCUCUGGAGGUGGUGCGGCGCGUGCGGGAGCUGUGCGACAGGCUGCAGGUGGUGGAGGGGCAGGACCUGCUGUCGCGUGAGGCGCAGCGCAACGCCACGCUGCUGUUCCACACGCUGCUGCGCUCCACGCUCGCCUCCAAGCGCGUGUGCUCCGAGUACAAGCUUACCCGCGCCGCCUGGCACUGGCUGACGGGAGAGGUGGAGACCAGGUUCAUGAACGCCAUGGCCGCCCCCGGCGAGGUGGUGGGCACCGUGGCUGCGCAGUCGAUCGGCGAGCCCACCACCCAGAUGACGCUCAACACCUUCCACUUUGCGGGGGUGUCAGCCAAGAACGUGACGCUGGGUGUGCCGCGCCUCACCGAGAUCAUCAACAUCGCCAAGAACAUCAAGACGCCCAGCCUGACGGUGCACCUGCUGGGCGAGGCGGCGCGGGACAAGGAGGCGGCCAAGGCGGUACAGUGCUCCCUGGAGUACACCACGCUGCGCCGCGUCACGCAGUACUCGCCCACCAGCCCGCAGUACAGCCCGACAUCUCCGCAGUACAGCCCCACCUCGCCGCAGUACAGUCCGACGUCGCCGCAGGCACGUGGCUCUGCUGCGCCCAGGGGCAGCACAUGCACCGAGUGCCUGCACUACUCCCCCAGCGACCCCAGCGGCGCCGGCUCCUCACCCGCGGCGCCCGGCUACUCGCCCUCGGGCCCAGAGUACUCGCCCAGCGACCCCAAGACGUCGCCCUCGCCGCAGCCGCCCGCCGGCCCAGGCGCCGGCGGCGCCCAGCCCUAG